AUGGCAGAUCCCGAGUUCCAGAAUCCUGGUGGUAUUGAUCUCAUUCUUGGAGCAGAAGUCUUUUAUGAUCUGCUGUUGGACGGGCAGCACAAGUUAGAUAGCAUUGGGCCUAUACUGCAGAAUACUCAACUUGGUUGGGUUGUUUCCGGCAAGGUUUCCGAAAAAUCCAGAGUUCAAGCCACUGUUUCAGCUUCUUGUACCGAAGAACGGGUUAAUGAAUUACUAACUCGUUUUUGGGAGUUAGAAGCUUGCCACAAUUCUAGUACGCUUUCACUGGAAGAAUCGGAGUGUGAGAAGAUUUUUGAAGAUACUACUACGAGAGACUCAUCUGGAAGGUUCGUUGUUAAGCUCCCUAGGAAGGACUUCCUAAUCCGUCUGCUGGGGGAAUCUAGAAGUCAAGCCGAGCGUCGUUUUUGGUCUUUGGAGUGCCGUUUAAAAUCAAACCCUGAGUUGAAAGAGGAGUACAGCUCAUUCAUUCACGAGUAUCUGGAGCUUAAUCAUAUGCGUGAAGUUAUUGCUGAAGAGGAAGGAGAUAUAUCAAAACCGCCGCCAUAUUACAUGCCACAUCAUCACGUAUUGCGUCCUGAAAGUUCUACUACUAAACUACGCGUAGUUUUUGACGCGUCCGCUACAACGACGUCUGGAAUUUCGUUGAAUCAAGCACUGAUGGUCGGACCUGUACUCCAGGAAGAUUUAGUGUCCAUAGUUCUUCGCUUCAGAUUGCACAGAAUCGCUAUAGUUGCAGACGUAGCGAAAAUGUAUAGGAUGAUUAAUGUAGUCCCCGAAGAUCGUCGUCUACAGAGAAUUGUUUGGAGAGAUUCACCAGAUGAGCCUUUAAGGACAUUUGAACUAACUACCGUUACGUACGGCACCGCGUCUGCCCCCUAUCUAGCCACGAAAUGCCUACAACGACUUGCGGAAUGCGGGAAGAAGAAGUACCCUAUUGCGGCCAAGACUCUGAGUGAAGAUUUUUAUAUGGACGAUUGUUUAACGGGUGCAGAUACUAAGGAGGAAAGCAUCAAAAAAUGCUGUGAACUGAAUGCUCUAUUGUCGUCUGCGAAAAUGCUUUUAAGAAAAUACAACUCGAACAACGUAGAAGUUCUUUCGGUUCUACCUGGCGAGCUCCGAGACGAUAGAAUUUCCCUGGAGCUUGAUGCAUCGCAGACUAAAAUUAAGACACUGGGCCUCAUUUGGGAUACACAAUCGGAUUGCUUCCAUUUCUCUGUGCCUCAGUGGAAUUCUUCUACAGAAAUAAACAAGCGUAUCAUUCUCUCCGACUUUGCCGGUUUGUUUGAUCCCCUAGGAUUGGUCGGUCCUGUUAUGGUUCAGGCCAAGAUAUUUCUCCAGGAGCUCUGGAAGCAGAACUGUUCCUGGACGGAAACGCUUUCCAAUCCUUUCCAGCAAUGGUGGCUGGAAUAUCGGAGCAACUUGGCUGGACUAUCCAAUUUACAAGUUCCACGAUGGGUCGCCUUUGGUUCGGAUGUUAUCUCCGUUGAGCUUCAUGGCUUCUGCGACGCUUCCACUAAGGCCUACGGGGCCUGUAUCUACCUGCGUUGUACGCGUUCCAACGGAAUAAUUUCGGUAAAUCUUCUGAUCUCCAAGUCUCGAGUAGCACCUCUGGAUGAUGUCAAGCGUAAGAAGAAGAAAAUGACAAUACCAAGGUUAGAGUUAUCGUCUGCCCUCUUACUCAGCCACUUAUACGAAAAGGUGACAGGCAGUUUAAGAAUUUCUGCGAAAUGUUUCUUUUGGACGGAUUCCACCAUUGUGAAGUGCUGGCUCUCUUCGCCACCGUCACGGUGGCAAAUGUUUGUUGCUAACAGAGUCAGCGAAAUCCAGCAUUUAACAAAAGAUGGAGUUUGGAAUCACGUCGUUGGUAUGGAAAAUCCUGCGGACGUCCUGUCUCGUGGUGCCACUUCUGAAGAACAACUAAAUCAUGAGCUUUGGUGGCGAGGUCCAGAUUGGUUGAAACUCUCACAUGACGCAUGGCCGAAAACUGGAGGUACCGAUGAAACGGAGUUUGAGCACACACUUCUUGAAGAGGCUGCAGUUGCUGGACCCGCUCAAGUGGAUUCACCGAAUGAGAUAUUUUUAUUGAAGAGUUCGUUCACCACACUGGUUGAUAUAGUCGCAUUCUGCCGAAGAUUUUCUUUCAACUGUAAGAAUAGAAACAGCCAUCGCGUAGGAUGUUUAACAGUCACCGAAAGAGAGGAAGCUUUACGAGUACUCAUUAAACUAGCUCAGAAAGAAUGUUUUCCUAAAGAUAUAUCCGCUGUCGAUUACACGGGUGAAGUUAAAAACACUUCAAAGCUGAAAUCGCUUCGCCCACAACUGGUUAACGGAAUUCUGGUCGUCGGAGGUCGUUUAGAGAACGCACCGAUUGCUGUUGGAAGGAAGCAUCCUAUAAUCCUUGAUAAUCAUCACCCGUUUACGUUGCUGAUCGUCAACCACUACCACCUCGUCAUGUUGCAUGCUGGACCCCAACUACUCACCGCUUGUGUUCGAGAAAAAUUCUGGCCUCUAUGUUUGAGAAACUUAGCCAGGAAGGUUGUUCACAGUUGUGUACGUUGUUUCAAAAUCAAGCCACGAGUUAUGGAACAAGUUAUGGCAGAUCUUCCAACAGAACGCGUAUCGCCUGCACCUCCUUUCGCUCGAGUCGGCGUGGAUUAUUGUGGACCAUUCAAGUAUCGGUUUCCUAUCCGCAACUCUGCGCCGCGCAUCUGCUACGUUGUGAUCUUUGUUUGUUUGGUUACGAAGGCUUGCCACAUCGAUAUGGUUCAGGAUCUUACAACCGACGGGUUCAUCGCCGCUCUACACAGAAUGAUUGGACGUCGAGGACAACCAGAGCUUAUUCUCUGCGACAAUGCUACCAACUUUGUUGGUGCUAAAAGAGAACUCGAUGAUCUAAGGAAGAUGUUCAACUCCCAACGAGCUGCUCUUUCCGAAGCCGCCGCCAAAAAUUGCAUAGAGAUGAAGUUUAUUCCACCACGAGCUCCUAAUUUCGGCGGUCUUUGGGAAGCCGCUGUAAAAUCUAUGAAGUACCACUUGAAGCGUGUUGUUGGCUCUGAAAUAUACACCUACGACGAGUUCUACACCCUACUGACGCAGAUUGAGGCAUGUUUAAAUAGUCGACCGCUAACACCGCAACGGGACGAUCCAGCAGAUCUUGAAGUUCUCUCUCCUGGGCAUUUCUUCGUGCACCGUCAACUAACCGCCUUACCUGAACCGUCACUUGAUCAUCUCCGAGAAAAUGUUUUAUCUCGCUGGCAAAGAGUUCAACGCCAUAUGCAAACAAUUUGGAAGAAGUGGUCAACUGCCUAUCUGUCCGACUUGCAAAACCGUGUCAAAUGGACAAGACAGCAGCCAAAUUUGAAAGAAGGCAUGAUGGUGAUCAUCAAGGAGGAAAACUUGCCACCGUUGAAGUGGGCACUUGGACGAAUCACUGCACUGCAUCCAGGGCCUGAUGGAAAUGUCCGCGUUGCUGACAUUCGCACGGAAGAUGGCCUCAAAUCUAGACCAAUCUCCAAAAUUUGCUUGUUACCAAUCCGGGACAACGAUCCCGAACCAGCUGCAAGGGAAGAGUAG